AUGAAACUGAAACAACUUGCUUCCAUUAUCGGUCUUGGGUCGGCCUGCCCAGAUGAAUAUCUACAGCAAGAGUGCAUAAAUCUUUGUGGCGAAGAUUACGCGACUUGUGGGGAAAACUGCGAUGGAACUGAAACCUGCUUCAUUUUGAGCUUGAAGAAAGACUCAUGCACUGAAACCUACUCGAGCUGCGUUCGAUCUUGUCCUUGCGAGAAAAACUGCCCCGAGGGCUGUGCCAAUUGCGAGAAUGAAAUUUGCAGGCGGCUCCCCUUCUUCUCUGUUCUCGGCGAUCAACCUUUUGCGGAUAGGACUCAGUACGUCAUGGCUGUUGAUGGAAGCGAAAGGAUGGAAACAAACUUGGUGAUUCCAGAGGGAACUGCGCGUCAUGAUUACUUGAAAUACGCUGGCCACGCCAUCCUCAAUGACAAGCUGUACAUUUUCGGCGGCUCCUCCGAUUUCAAAAAGAUUGCGCGGCUAGACGAAUGCGAAUUCACCGAGCUGCCUAUUCAGCUGAUAGACCCGUUCGACUCCAUUUCCGGCGCGUUGAUGAGUUUUAUGAAUAGAGUUUAUCUUUGCUUCUUCUCGUAUCCGUAUAAAACCUGCCAGGAAUUUGACGGAAACGACGUGACGGACAGCUAUUUGAGAACGAACUUUGAGCACUGCUAUGGAUCCAUGGGGAUUUACAACGAUUCGAUGGUCGUUCUCGGUGCUGGGGACUGGCCAGGAGAGAAGGUUAGAAGAAAAGUGGAGCAGCUGGAAGUUGGUGGAUGGAAAGAAAUUGCUGAAUUUCCUGUUGAUAUCGCCUAUUCAUCAACUGUAACUGUUCCAGAAGGCAUGCUCGUUCUUGGCGGCUGGAAUCCCGGUUGGAAUACUCUGGUAACAGAGUUCAAUCAGCCAAGGGACACAAAUCCCAAUACAGGCAUCUACUACAAGCAAAUCUACCUUCUAAAAGAAAACGUUUGGUCCCUCGUUGGAAAUUUAAAUGAGCCAAAGUCUGACGCCACUGUCAUUCGCCUUGGCGAGUGGAUCGUUUCUGUCGCUGGAGACAGUAACAACAAUUUCGUGGAGAGAAUCAACUGGGAUGGCGAAGCGGUUACGUCGGUGGAAAUUAUCGGCAGUCACGCGAAUACCAUCCUUCGUCCGAUUGUCUUCCAGAGCGAAAAGAACUUCUGUGUUUGA